UUGUACUGCAACGAUUUUUCCCAGUUGAACUCAAAUUUACCAUGGCAACAUUACGAAAACAGUACGUGGUUUCCAGACCAGUGUUUUCUGAGGACAGUUUUGCAGAAAAUUAUGAAAAAAUCAACAGAAUUCACAAAACAACAAAGGAUCACAUCAGGCAGUAUUUCAGUGACUCCAAGCGAGUGAAGAAGGCCGCCCUGUCGCUACUGCCUGUGAUUGAAUGGAUGAGGAGCUAUCGGCUGAAGCAGUGGCUUAUGGGUGAUGUAGUUUCUGGAGUCAGUACUGGACUCGUGGCUAUUAUGCAAGGUCUGGCGUUCUCUCUUCUGGCUUCUCUUCCUGCGAGUUAUGGACUGUACACGGCCUUCUUCCCCGUCCUCGCCUACUUCCUCCUAGGCACCUCACGCCACAUCUCUGUCGGUUCGUUCCCUGUGCUGAGCCUCAUGGUGGGGGCUGUGGUCACUCGUCUGGUCCCUGAAGAUGGACCUCCAGCUAUGAUCCCAGCCUUCACAAAUCUGACCCAGGAUCAGCAAAGGGUCUUGGUGGCCUCCUCCAUCACCUUCCUCAUGGGGAUAAUACAGUUGGCGAUGGGGGUCUUCCAGGUGGGCUUCGUGGUCAUGUACCUGUCUGACACUCUGGUCUCUGGCUUCACUACAGCAGCUGCCGUUCACAUCCUGGUCUCUCAGCUCAAGUUUGUGUUGGGUUUAACAGUCCCGGGCAUCAGUGGACCUCUGGCUAUCAUAUAUACGCUAGAGAAACUGUUUGUCCAGAUUCACUCCACAAAUAUCUGUGAUCUGGUGAUGUCUGUAGUCAUCAUGGUGGUGGUGUUUAUAGUGAAGGAGCUGAACGAUCGAUACAGAGCCAAGCUUCCUGUGCCCAUCCCCAUAGAGGUCAUCAUGACAAUAAUUGCCUGUGGAAUCUCAUAUGGCUUCAACUUUACAGAGAGGUUUAAAGUAGAAGUGGUUGGAGAGAUGGUCAGUGGAUACGAGGCUCCAGUCGCUCCAAACAUGGACAUCAUAAGGGAUGGGGGCGUGGAGGCCUUUCCCAUGGCGAUAGUGGGAUUCACGGUGGCCUUUUCUGUGGCCAAAGUCUACUCCAUUAAACACGACUACGCCAUAGAUGGAAACCAAGAGCUGAUCGCAUUUGGAGUCAGUAAUAUGUUUGGCGCUACCUUCAGGUCAUUUGCAGCGAGUACAUCUCUGUCCCGUACAGCUGUGCAGGAGAGCUCCGGGGGCCGAACCCAGAUUGCAGGUCUGAUUUCUGCCCUGAUGGCCAUGAUCGUUACUAUAGCACUGGGUUUCCUCCUCGAACCACUGCCCCGGUCGGUGCUUGGAGCCCUGGUGAUCGUAAACCUGAAAGGGAUGCUAAUGCAGUUUACAGAAGUGCCAUAUCUAUGGAGACGGGACAGGAUUGAGUGUGUGGUGUGGGUGGGGACCUGCACUGCAGCCAUCUUCUUGGGUCUGGACCUGGGUCUGGCUGUGGGUCUGGGGGUGGAGCUGCUCACUGUGGUCUUCAGAGCUCAGUUCCCUCGCUGCAGUGUUCUGGCCAACAUCCGCGGGACUGACUUGUACAGAGACAGAAAGGACUACCUACAUAUUUAUGAACCUCCUGGAGUGAAGAUCUUCAGAAUUCCAUCUCCCAUUUUCUUCGCCAAUGUGGAAUUCUUUAGAAACAAACUCAUAGAAGCAGUGGGAUUUAACCCUCUCAGAGUUUUAAAGAAGAGGAACAAGGCUCUGAGGAAGAUCAAGAAAAUGUUACAACAAAACAAUUAUCACAUCACUGAGACACUCAGCUCCUCUCCUGAAGAAGACCAUGAAGACCAACCAAACCUGGAGGAACCCGACUCCCCGUGCCACAUGAAGGACCUGCCAUUUAAGGUGGAUUGGCGCUCAGAGAUGGCUUCGGACCUCGGGGUGCCCAGAGUAAACCUGCAGAGUCUACUGCUGGACUUCUCUGCUGUGUCCUUCCUUGACAUCUCCGCCUUAAAAGGACUCAAAGCUAUAAUUAAAGAGUUUCUUCGUGUUGAUGUGGAAGUUUACAUUGUCUCCUGCGAUGCGCAUGUCCUGGAGACAUUUCACCGCUUUGCAUUUUUCGACGAUGAAAUUCAGACGUUCAUGUUUUACCCGACUCUCCAUGACGCCAUGGUCCAGGUGACAGAGACAAACCAAAGCUCCAACUACAAACCUAUGUUGAAAGCUACAAGACUGUAAAAGGGUGCCCCCAGGAGGUUGGCGGUUCCUGCUUGCUAUAACUAAACGACACUUCACCCUCCUUGCCGAGUAUGAAUGUGGUGUGUGUGAGUGAGCAGAUUGGAAGCCUUGUUAUGGUCAGUCAGUCC